GUUUAGUGUCGGGUCGCGUCCCAAAGAGGCCGCUUCCCGUGCCGCGAUAGCACCGCAAGGCUCGCCGCGCCUGCGCACUCACAUUUACAAUAAUCUCAAACAAAACAUUGUUAUCCCGUUCCCAUCUGACCGUUGCACACGCUUAUACUUUACGAACACGUCCAGUGACUUGUGGUUUUACAAAUUUUCGCACCAAACAAUCUGAGAAAAUGGACCCGCGAACGGAAUGGAGCGUACAAUUACAGUGUGUUCAUAUAUCUCUACGUUUACAGUGAUAAGUGACAGUGAUCGACAUCUAAGUGAUAAGUACCGGUCGCGGACAUUAAAGGAUCGAGGAUCGACGAUAGCUACAGAGGCGUUUGGAGUACUACGAGUGGAUGCGGACGAAAUUUAGUUAUUGACUGUUGCGAUGCGGAUAUCGGUGUGGACUCAUAGUGCGUGUUUAUAAAAGCGAUGCAUGGUUUGUGAGGCCUUGGCGGUCAUGGACAUGAGUGGCGAGGGCGGCGCGGGGGCCGGCGCAGGCGCGGGUGCGCUACAACAGCGCUGGUACGACGGCCGCGUCAACGGCAGCCCGGCCGCCGGCGACGUGGGCGAUGCCAACGCCGACGGCUUCUUCCACUCGCCGCUAGAGGGCGGACACCACAGCCGCGCGCGGUACUACCACCAGCAGAUGCACGCCCCCUACUCCGCCGCUGUCGGAUCGCAUGGUCGAACGUUAAGCAGCGGCAGCGGACAGGUGUGCAGGCCGCACUUCCACACGCCGCUGCACCCCUGGCUGGACUCGAAGGCACUGGGCGGCGGCGCGUGGGGUGGCGGUUUCCAGCAGGAUGGCGCACAGGCAGACAAGCCGCUCUCCCCCGCGCAGCACCACCACCCCCACCCCUUAUUCUCCUUCCCUCCGACUCCCCCCAAGGACUCGACGCCGGACUCGGUGGCGGCAGCGGCGCUGGGCCAGCAGGACUACCAGGCUGCUGUUGCACACGCCACCGCCAUGAGUGUGGCCUUUAUGCAGCAGCAGCAGGAGCUGCCCCUGUGCGGGGACGUCAAGCCCAUGAUGGGCGCGCCACCCAGCAAGCAGCGCGAAGGUGCGCAGCCCGACUCGUGCCCCCAGGACACGAGCCAGCCCUCCGGGGAGUACAACACGCAGUACAAUGCCGCCGCCGGCGACUACUACGGCUACCAGGGCAAAGGCUAUAGUCAGCAACAGAGCAAGCCGCGCCCCAACAAGACGCGCACGAGCGCCGAGGGUCGCGAGUGCGUCAAUUGCGGGGCGACGAGCACGCCGCUGUGGCGACGCGACGGGACCGGACACUACCUCUGCAACGCGUGCGGACUUUACUACAAGAUGAACGGACAGAACAGACCUCUAAUCAAGCCAAAGCGAAGAUUGGUGAGUUCACUGCAGAGCGCGGCGCGGCGAGCGGGCACCUCAUGUGCCAACUGCAAGACGACCACGACGACGCUGUGGCGACGCAACCAGAACGGCGAGCCAGUCUGCAACGCCUGUGGCCUCUACUACAAACUACAUAACGUAAACAGACCAUUGACGAUGAAGAAAGAGGGUAUCCAAACGCGAAAUCGCAAACUGAGCAGUAAGAGUAAAAAGAAGAAGGGAGGAAUGGGCAUGGGAGGUGGGGGAGCGUGCGCACUUGCGUUGGGGGGCGUUAUGGGAGACAUGAUCAAGCCGCUGGGAGAUGCAACCAAAGGUUUCGGCGGAUCGGCGUUCCCUUCCGCAAUGGACUUUGGUCAGCACCAAGUGGGUCUAGUCCAUCCGGCGGCGGCGCAUAUGUCACAUUGGUACGGCGCGCCGCACCAGGGCUUCGCCCCGCCGCCCGCCUCUCACAACCCUUACCACCAUCACCACCUUGCGCAGCUUAACUCUAUGACUGGCUGGAGGAGUGAAUACACGUGAUAAGUCAGCCUGAGAGCCCGAAACUUUGAUAUGUAGCUGAUGACGUCACAACGGCGAACUAUAGAGAGAACGAAGACAUCACAAAAUAGUUACUGUGAUUCACUUAGUAAUGAUUAAUUAUCCGAAAGUAGUUCGUAAUUUAAUCACUGUAUGACCUUUGACACAUCACAUUAAUUUUAUAAGACUGUUAACUGAAUUGAUGUUUGUAAAACGCGCACUAUUGUUUUUUUAUAAUACAAAUGGUUUAAGCUCCCGUUUAAUUUUACAGAAUUGAUAUUAAAACUGUUCGCGUGGUUUAAUUAUUCCGCGUACGUUUCCGCAAGUAUUAUUUCAGAAUCGUUUUACAAGAGUAACUAGAGAAAUUGUACAGUAUUAUAAAAUAAUUUAGGGUCGUUUAAUGUCCGUUUAGAUGAUUUAUAUAUAUACGAUAUAAGUAGGUAUUGUUAAAACGAUGAACAAUUUGUGUAUUUUGUACAUAUACAUAUCUUAUUAAGUUAUAUACCGUUCCUGUAUAGAUUGUUUUAUUUUCUUAUUUUUUAUUUAAUAUCGAACUAUGCGGAUCGCUAUGGGAAUUGUGAUGUGUUCAAAGAAUUUUUAUUCCACAGUGUUUGUACAUUUGAUUUGUGUAGUGUUUAUUAAAUGAAAUGCAAUAGUAAUUUAUAUAAUAGAUUAUAAAUGAUGCAAUUUGUAAAUAAUAUUAUGUAUCGAGUCUGCGGAUUUUACUUGAAAAUGCCGCUAAGUUAUAAAUAUUAAAUCAGGUCACUCCAUUGGUUAUGUUGUUCAGAUAAAUGUGUAAAGGUGCUCCCACACUAGAUGCUUGUGACAACAUUUUAGAUUCCAAUUUAAAGCAUAACGAACGUUACAAUACAAAAUAACAUACUGAAUCAUAUUCACGAUACUCACUGUAAUGUUACAUUACAGACCAAUCCUCUUGGUGAGGGAACACCUUUAUCAGACGCAGUAAUAUUUUGUUAACCCUGUACCUGUAAAUUUAAGAUAUUGUGUGGCCAUAAAUUGUAAACGGGGAGUCUGUUUGGGGAGGUGGUAACGAAUGCGUACAUUUACAAGGUUUUGUAAAUGUUUAUUACAUCCUCAAACAUAGUCCCGGAACACCGAAGUGUAUAUAAAAUGUAAAUGAAACGUAGAAAGUAAAACAUAAUGAAACAAAAUUGUAAAUUCACGCAGAAACACCCUGUAACGAUAUCCCGUAACUAAAGUUUUUAGUUUAUAAAAAUGAAACAUUGUGAAGUUGUGUAUUUUAAAUAAAAUUGCGAAUAAAUCAUCAAUACUUA